CUGGGCUGCGUCGUGGUUGAUGGCGGUGAGGUUGUUGUGAUGGUCUGCAUGUGAGGCGUCUGCCCGCUGCUGGUUGGCCUCUGCCGAUCCUGCGUCAUGUUCAAAACCCCCACUCGUUUCCCUCCCCUUCAGGUCUCCCCACCAGCAAAGCUUCCCUUUCUCCCUUACUCCAGCAGUCCAGCCUAACCUCCUCCCGCCGCAAUCAUGAGUGUUAAAGAAGUCUCCCUGAAGCCCUUUACGGACCAGAAGCCCGGAACCUCCGGCCUCCGCAAGAAGGUCAAGGUCUUCCAGCAGGAGAACUACAGCGAGGCCUUCGUGGCUAGCAUCCUCCUCUCCAUUCCUGAGGGCGCUGAUGGCAGUUUCCUUGUGAUUGGUGGAGAUGGCCGCUACUGGAACCCGGAGGUCAUGCAAUUGAUCGCCAAAAUCGGAGCUGCCUACGGAGUGAAGAAGCUGGUCAUCGGUCAGGACGGCAUUCUCAGCACUCCUGCUGCCAGCCAUGUUAUUCGGAUAAAGAAAGCAACCGGUGGCAUUCUCUUGACCGCAAGUCACAACCCAGGAGGUCCUACUGAAGACUUCGGCAUCAAGUACAACCUGGCCAAUGGAGCACCCGCUCCCGAGAGCGUGACAAACAAGAUCUUCGACACCUCUAAGACUCUCACGUCCUACAAGAUUGCCGAUAUCCCGGACAUCGACAUUCACACAAUUGGCACAAAGACGUACGGGCCGUUGGAAGUUGAGAUCAUCCACUCCACGGAAGACUACCUAGUUAUGCUAAAGGACAUCUUCGACUUUGAUCUAAUCAAGUCUUUCCUCAAGCAGCACUCUGACUUUAAGGUGCUGUUUGACGGUCUGAGUGGUGUCACUGGGUCAUAUGGAAUCGACAUCUUCGAGAAGGAGCUUGGGCUUCCGGGCAGCACACAAAACUGUAUCCCAAAGCCUGAUUUUGGAGGUCACCACCCAGACCCUAACCUCGUGUAUGCUCAUUCUUUGGUCGAGGCCGUUGACAAGAAUGGCAUCCACUUCGGAGCUGCCAGCGACGGCGAUGGCGAUCGUAACAUGAUCUACGGUGCUAACAGCUUCGUCUCUCCAGGCGACAGUCUGGCCAUCAUCGCUCACUAUGCUGAGCUUAUCCCAUACUUCAAGAAGCAGGGUAUCUACGGCUUGGCACGAAGCAUGCCCACCUCCGGCGCCGUCGAUCUCGUCGCCAAGAAGAAGGGCGUCGAGUGCUACGAAGUACCAACCGGCUGGAAGUUCUUCUGUGGUCUCUUUGAUGCCGACAAGAUGAACAUCUGCGGUGAAGAGAGCUUCGGAACCGGCAGCAACCACAUCCGCGAGAAGGACGGUCUAUGGGCCGUCGUCGCCUGGCUGAACAUCAUCGCCGGUGUUGGCCAGCAGACAGGGACCACUCCCAGCAUCAAGUCGAUCCAGAAAGACUUCUGGACUACUUAUGGCCGCACAUUCUUCACUCGUUACGAUUACGAGGGAUGUGAGACCGAGGGAGCCAACAAGGUGACUGCACAUAUGACGGAGCUCAUCACAACCAAGAAGGACGAGUUCGUUGGCUCGACCAUUGCCGGCCGCAAGGUCCUCGAAGCCGACGACUUCUCCUACACAGACCUCGACGGCUCUGUGAGCAAGAACCAGGGCAUCUACGUCAAGUUCGACGACGGAAGCCGCAUCGUCGUCCGCUUGUCUGGCACAGGCAGCAGCGGUGCCACCAUCCGUCUAUACAUCGAGAAGCACACAAGUGAUGAGUCGACAUACGACCUCGAUGCCCAGGUGUACCUCGCCGACAACGUCAAGCUCGCCACUGACCUGCUAAAACUGCAGGAAUUCGUUGGCCGUGUGGAGCCGGAUGUCAAGACCUGAAUGCAUCGUGCCAUACGCGUAUUUUCUUUGUAGAUGAGAUGCCGUCGAGAUACAAUCUGUUUUCGUGAGCGAUUUGCUACCCCUCAGGUGCUGCAUUAGGGAAGCGGACGGACGACUGAUGGCAGAGAU